GAGGAGACGAGGAACAAGUGCUUGGACUAUAGACAAACGUGAAAGAUCCAAAGUGCACAAUUGUUCGACUUCGAAAGGCAGACAACUGGUUCAACCGGUCUCUGCAAUCCUUGUACCAAGUGCAGAAAUUGGCGGAAGGUACUUUGGUGCACAUUCGAGGGCGACGAUAUACCCAGCUGAGAAGAGUUUUGGCAACCUUAAAACGCGGCCCUACCGAUUCCCGACUCCCAGCAUAAACAUUCUACCGACUGUAACCAGUUUCGUGAAAGGAUUAUAACCGUACAGUAGUUACCUUAUACCCACGUUUCAAGUGCUUCGCACGUAUAAGACAUCGGCUACCUUGCGGCAGUGAUUAUUAUCGUUACGUGUAGUCUACGCGCAUCGCGAUGCAUCUAUGAACAGUUAAGGAUUCACCACGACAACUGCGUUACGUCGACGGUUUUUUUUAUCAAAGUGUUGCUGUUGCUGCGGUUACUGCUGCCCCAUAAUGUUUGCGGUGUUAAAGUUAUGCGAAUCGGAUUGUGUAUUUUGCAGGACGGUGGAUCUAACUUGAAAUGUUUCAAUGCCAGAUAUUUUAUCAUUUAUGUUUAUUAGUGGUCUGUUGAACUUUGAUCGGAGAAGUUCACCUGAACAAUAAUUCCGCCAUCCUCUCAACCUCAACCUUUACAAACACGUCGUAACUCUGCACGGUGGAUUCUGGUUUUUGACCAUCCGAUUCGCGUGCGUAGAAUCGAGAGUUUUAAACAGUUUCAUUCCGUGAUUCGCGCAGCCCUGAAGAGAGACUCAGGAAUAUUAUCAUCACCGACUUCAUUCGCACGUGUACUCGACGAGAAAUGUGCACGUCUGCAGAGAAGCGAAAGUAUUGUCCGCCGUAUGGGUGCCUGGGAUAGAAGUUGGUCCGAGGACGUGGGCGUUGGAACGACUCGUCGUGGGUCCGAGAACGUCGGGGUCUGCAGUUGCGAUGGUGGCGGGAGCCAAAUCCAGGAUCUACUUCCAUCAUCACUGUUGUGUCUGCGUCGUCAGUUCACCAGGGAGUUGUACGAGUGGCCGAUUCAGCCGUUGUUUAGAUCAAGGACGAAAUUAAAUAAAAAGAAACAAUAAAUGGGAAAGAUCUAAGAAGAGGAUAAAUUGAAGUUAUAGAACAAGUAAUACUAAUGUUGAUAGUAAUAGUACGAAGUUUCGUUUGGUCUCGGUUACAAUCGAUGUUGACGUAUUGCCUUUAACCCUCGAGCGGGUAAGAAGUCUGGGUAUAUAUAACUGCCUUAUUUUGAAUGAAGAAGAUUAUGAGUAGGAGUAAUAAGAGGAAAAAAACGGAUUCGAUUUGACGAUAUCGUUUCAAGUAUUAGUAAUCGCAACGAGCGGGUGCGAUAAUUAUUUGGUGCUAACGUGCGACCGUGUGCGUAGAGGGAGUUACAAAUUCUUGCAGAAGUGUAGUAAACGGGAAGAAGAGAAUUAAUACAAAUAUUGUAAUACCAUACAAAGAGGGGGGGACGAGGGUGCUGAAGAGAUAGAGAGAGAGAGAGACAGAGAGACAGAGAUAAAAAUAGAGAGAAAGGAAGAUAGACAGACGGUGAUAAUAAAAUCGCGAUUCGAUUGCCAUGGCUGACUGGGCGCAGUUCAACGGUCAAACAGACACCAUAUCUCACGGCUCGUCGAAUGACAACGGUAUACCCAAUGCCAAAAAUCAUCUAGAGGCGUCGAUCAACGGAGAUCACCGAUCACAAGUGGCCAAGUAUAAUGGAAACGUCAAAGCUUCCAGCGAGCCGAGCGAAGCGGACGAUGAUAAGGAGGAUGAAAGCGACUCUGCGUGUCGCGACGCCGGUGACAGCCAUUCGGCGGCGAUUCUUAACGAAAAACCGUUCGAGAAGGAGGGAUUCCAUUACACUUUCGAAAACGGUGUGAUAUCCGACUGCGAAGGCGAGGAGAUCCUGGACGAAAACGAUGUCAACCUGGAAGAAUCAGGUGGAAGAAUCCGAGAGGAAGCCAGGCUGGAAUUAGUCCAAGCCCAGAACUCCCCGAAGCGACCGAACAGCCUCUUCAAAGACGAGGUUUCCAGCCCGCGUCACCAAUCCCUCGACGAAGCUGCCAGGAUCUGCAACGACAAGAGUCGUUUGUACCUUGACGGUGGAGCGAUGACCAGGCGGCGUGCGGGCAGCGCCGAAAAAUUGGUCAGUAGAAAAUCACCCAGGGACGACAAGCAGGUACACCACGUCCAGUUCAACAAGGACUCGAAGCAGUGCUCCGAGGAACCACAUCCUAGCCCAAGUGCUUCGAUAUCGACAUCCAGCUCGAGCAGUUCGGAGGACAAUUCGAGUUUGGUGGCUCAGUUCUCCGAGGCCAGACCGCCGGACGGUGGUUGGGGAUGGGUCGUGGUCGCAGCCUCCUUCGUCGUGAACCUGAUCGCCGAUGGCAUCACCUUCUCAUUCGGCGUUAUAUACGUUGAGUUCCUCAACUACUUCGAGGAGGGUAAAUCGAAGACCGCAUGGAUCGGGAGUCUCUUCAUGGCGAUGCCGUUGCUCUCGGGACCGAUAGCCAGCUUCCUGACGGACAGGUACGGGUGCAGGCGGGUCAGCAUAGCCGGCAGCAUACUCGCCACGAGCGGCUUCGUCGUCAGCUCGUUUACCAACUCGAUGGGCCUGCUGAUAUUCACCUUUGGUGUUAUCGCCGGCUUUGGCUUGUCCUUGUGCUACGUAGCCGCUGUCGUAAUAGUCGCCUACUACUUCGACAAGAAACGUUCAUUCGCCACCGGACUCUCAGUCUGCGGAAGCGGCAUCGGAACCUUCAUAUUCGCCCCGCUGACACAGUACUUGCUUGUUGAGUACGGCUGGCGCGGGACGACUCUCAUACUCGCUGGACUCUUCUUCAAUCUUGCGGUAUGCGGAUGUCUCAUGCGUGAUCUCGAGUGGACGACGACGAGGGCCAAGGCGAAGACUGCCGAGAGGCGGAAAAACCGCGAGAGAAAACGAUCCAAGAUACAGAGUUCAAGCGCUGACUCCUUCUCAGGAACGAGCUCGGCUAAACCAAACAACAACCAGACCUCCCAUGACCUCAAACGGAACUUCACCUCGGCCAGUGCGGUCGGCAUAUCCAUUGACAACGAGCGCGAGGACGCUCAUGGUAAGAAGUUCUCCAGUCUAGUCAAUCUGCCGACAUUUGUCAAGAAUGGUGAGAAGGUACCGCUCGAAGUGCUCGAGCUAUUGAGCACCCAUAAGAACGUCUACAAUGUUCUACUGCAGAACUAUCCCAGUCUUCUGAUAUCGUCGAGGAGCUUCAGCGAUUCAGGCAGAUUUCACGAGCAGAUGGACACCAUAGCGUCGGAUAGGUUCAUCACUGGUUCCAACGAGCAAAUGGAUUCUAAGGACUCGGAGACAGCCAAGUCCGCCGGUGCUCUAGACGUAGGACACCAUCAGGUCACCGAGACUCCCAAAACGACCAGGGAUCAGGAAACUACCGCUAACCAAGACUCGCGGCAUCAUUUGGACGCUGCGUAUCUUUGGUGGCUCAAGAAAACUCAGCCUGAUUGUCCCUCUCAAAGGGCAGCUAUGCUCGAUCAUACCGCCUCGCGGAGGCUGCCGACCGCAUACUUCAAGGACAUCAGGGUUCAUCGGCACAGUCUUACCUACAGAGGAGCCAUGCUGAAUAUCAAGCGGUAUCGUCUUCGCGCAUCGAGCUGUCCUGAUAUUUAUAGAAACUCGAUGACUACCAUAGCAAAAACGAAAAUGGUCUGGUACGCCGGACUAUGGGAGUUCUGGGAUCUCAUUGUCGACAUGCUUGAUUUUUCACACUUUUCUGAUCUCAGGUUUCUUCUAUUUGCUAUUAGCAAUUUCUUACUGUACACUUGGUACGAUGUUCCAUAUGUUUAUCUAACCGACAAUGCUAUCGAGGUUGGAUUCAGCGAGAAGGAUGCCUCCUAUCUCAUAUCGGUUAUCGGGAUCGUCAACAUGGUUGGCGAGAUAAUCCUUGGCUGGGCCGGAGAUCGUGCUUGGGUGAACGCAUCCCUGGUUUAUGCGGUUUGUAUGGGUCUUUGCGGAGCCGUAACCGCGCUGAUUCCUCUGGUAGUUCACAAUUAUUACGGCCUCUGCGCAAUAGCCGGUGCAUUCGGACUGUUCAUAGCCGCAAAUUACAGCCUGACCAGUAUAAUCCUCGUCGAGUUAAUCACCCUGGAAAGAUUCACCAACGCUUAUGGUCUCCUGCUGUUGGUUCAGGGCGUCGCCAAUCUCAUCGGUCCACCGCUUGCUGGUUGGCUGUACGACAUCACGGGGACUUACGAUCUCUCCUUUUAUUUAUCCGGAUUCUUCAUUGCCCUCAGCGGGGGUCUUUUAGUUAUCGUGCCGUUGAUUGAGAAAUAUCGCGAAUGGAAGGCCGGAAGCUGGGAGGAAGUUACUCCCGAAGUGACGAGCCAGGAGUUCGAGAAAAUGAACAGCGUUUAGAGCACGCCUUAGCACAGAUUAUAUAGUAAUUUUGUUUAAAUUAAUUUAUUUUUUUUUCUUCAAAAUUCAUUCGCAGCGUAACGAGUUUAUGAUUCAUGAUUCGUGGUAAAUAAUCGUUGCAUAGAGCGAAAUUGUGGAGAUUUCCGAUUCGUUAUCGAAGUCAUAUGUAACGAAUAUGACAAAAGCCUUGAUACUGUGUCAUCAAAGCAAUGAGGAAGCCUAGUCUUCUUUAUUUUUUAACAUUUUUUGUCCAGGUAUUUGUAUACAUAUAUAAUAGUAGGAAAUCUUGUAAUAGACGGAAUUGAUGAUAACUGAAUGAUUACUGUUAUUAUUGUUGUUAUUAUUUAGGUACGUACUAGUAUGCUGAUGCAGAUGAUGAUUUCUUUUCAUUUCUUCUCCUUUCGGCAAUAACGUUGCCCUACAUCUUAGGAAAACAAAGGUGCGAAGCUGCACGUAAUAUUUUAUGUAGACUAUAUUCAUACCCCGUACACAUAUUGUACGUAAGUUACGUAGAGAAAAGAAAGUAAAUCACAAUUAUUAUACUAUCAUAUAUUUGGUUAAAAUUGUCGUAUAUCGAAAUGGAAGCGACUAAUGCCCCCCUUCGAAAUACAAUGUCAUAUACACACCUACAUAUAUCCUGUACCUAAUUUUAAUUAACAAUAAGACGAUUUUGCGAGUAUUCGAGGCGACCGGUUUGUUAGUUAGUCGAUUUACCGUGUCCGCGAUUAUUCACUUGAUAUUACUAUCGUCAAUUUCAAUACUAAAAUAUGUAUAUUCCGAUGAAAAAACAAAAACAAAAAUAAAGAUAAUUUGAGAGAAAGAAAAAAGAUGCGAAAAAAAAAACAAACAAUACUUAUCAUUACGUAGCUGAUUAAUUUAUGUGAUACAGAAUAAUGGAGUUUUUACGUAAGAUUUCAGAAUUGAUUAACUACAUUCAAAAUAUCGAUUUUAUUAAAAAUAUAAAUAUAGGGUAUGAUAUGUCAUAUAUUUCUAUUCGGACAAUCUAUAUAUUACAUUUACGUGUAUUCAUUCGC